AUGAAGUGGCAUGCUGCUGUAGCCAUAAUUGCGGGAAUUCUACCGGUAGUAUUAGCGAGUGACGUGAUCGACCUCAACGAGAACAACUUCAAGGAUGAGAUUCUGCAGGAAGAUUUGGCUUUGGUCGAUCUCGCUCCCCAUUAUGAAGAAGCUGCCUCUGAGCUGAAGGGGAAGAAGAAUAUCAAGCUGGCCAAGGUUGAUUGCACCGCCGAGCAAACGCUCUGCUCCGAGUACGGUGUGAACGGUUACCCGACGUUAAAAGUGUUCCGAAACGGCAGCCCCACAGAUUAUGCUGGUCCAAGGAAAGCCGAUGGGAUUAUCAGCUACAUGAUCAAACAGAGUCUACCGGCAGUCAGCGACGUCACGCUUGAGACUCAUGCCGAUUUCAUCAAGGCAGACAAAGUUGUCCUAGUCGCAUACGGUGAUUCGAGUCACCCUAUCCCCCAAGUCUUUGAUGAUUAUGCCAACAUCGCUCGAGAUUCAUACCUGUUUGGACGAUACACUGGAUCACCCCUGCCAGUUCUACCCGACUCUCCUGUCUUGCCUGCCGUCAUCUUACACAAAUCAUUUGAUGAAGGGUUCGCCGUAUUUCCGUCCGACGAGCUUUCAUCUGCGACAGGAGAAUCCCUGGCGGAAUUUGUCAAGUUGAACUCUGUUCCGUUGAUGGACGAAAUCUCUCCCGAAAACUUCGGCAUGUACGCUGAGCAAGGCCUCCCCAUCGCCUAUCUCUUUGUGGAUCCCGAGGACUUACCAACUCGAGACAGUCUCAUUGACGCGAUUCUUCCUCUUGCCAAGGAACUGAAAGGCAAGAUCAACUUCGUUUACAUCGACGCAGUCAAAUUCGUCGAUCACGGCAAAUCACUCAAUCUGCCUGGUGAUGUCUGGCCAUCGUUCGUCGUCCAGGAUCUCGCGCAGCAGACUAAAUACCCUUUAACGGGAAAGGUUACCAAAGAAAGUGUAGAGCAAUUCAUGCGCUCAUUCAUCGACGGAGAGAUUGCCCCAAGCAUCAAGAGCCAAUCAGCGCCGGCUACCCAGGAUCAUCCCGUCUACAAGCUCACCGCCAACGGCUGGGACGGCCUGUUCGGCGACCUUCAGAAAGACAUCUUCGCCGAAUUCUAUGCUCCAUGGUGUGGACAUUGCCAACGCCUGGCGCCCAUAUGGGACACGCUUGCAGAACGGUAUGAGGACGAUCCGAAUAUCGUCAUUGCGCAGAUGGACGCCACUGAGAACGACGUGCCACCACAGGCGCCUUUCCGGGUCCAAGGCUUCCCAACAUUGAAAUUCCGCCCAGCCGGUGGGAAUGAUUUCGUCGACUAUGGCGGCGACAGGAGUCUGGAGAGUCUAAUCGAAUUUGUGGAGCAGAGUCGGAAAAGUACUGGAAGGGCUGGCGUGACCCAGGAGGAAGAAGACGAAGAGUGGGCGGAUGAAGAGGCAGUGUCUCAUGACGAGCUGUAG